AUUUUGUGUGCUCAGUGAGGAAGUGCGCGCUUUUCUACAAGUUGUUCGUUACGUUUGGAUAUUUUCAGUGUGAUUGGAUUUUGUGCCCAACAACUGCUUGACCGGCCGGCUGCGAAUUUGGAACGAAAAACAGUGAGACGAAUGUGCGUGGAGAAGCAUGAAAAGAAACGGAAGAAAUACGAAGAGCCCGCUUAAUUUUUGAAAAACACAAGAAACGGUUUAGGGCUUACCAAAAGCCCAUGUGAAAAAUGUUAUUGUGUAUAUAUUUUUCACUAAUAUCGCAAGGCGAUGUAAGAACUGCUCAUAACCGAAUUGGCAAUUAAGACACACAUAAAAUCAUUUUGCUCUUUUAAUCAAAUAAUAUUCACAUAUCAACACAAAGGAAAAUGUUAAAUAAUGGCAAGCUGUGAUUAAGAACGACUUUGAGCGCAGUAAAGAAAAUCAAAUUGGACAAAUAUAUGUGAAGGCAAUGUACGAAUGUGGCGAAAAAGACAAUGCAAAUAAGCUUAAGAAGUAAAACAAUUGUACAUGCCAAUACGUUUUUGUGAGUGUGAAGUUGCGAUUGUGUUCUUUUGUUUAGCACCAGCUCCACCGGGCCCCCUCGUCAUGUAAACGGUUCCGUUAAAUGUACAUACGUUCUUACGGAACGUCACAUAUUUGUUCAGAACAACUAAAUAGUGGAGUUGUUGAUUUAAGUAAAUUGCAACAUAAAGCAAAGUACAAAAAAGCGGCAAAUCGGUGUUUGAUAGAAACUUUAAAAAUGUUCGAGCUGGAGGAUUAUUCAAGUGGCUACCACGAUGCAAUUCUUAAUAAGUACGCUGAAACAUCGCGACCGACAUUGGAUCUAUAUAUCUCAGACUCGUUGCAGGACAUGCUGGAUGUCGACAUUCGCAGCGAGAUUUCGAGUGUAGUGGGGGGAAGCAAUGAACUCGCUUCCCUGGUCAACGAUCUGCCGUCCUCUUUUGAUCACGCUAUCGACGCAAUUUCUUCCAUACACAACAGUAGUGGUAGUAAUUUAAACGCUGCUGCGUUAUCUUCCUCUACAAAUAGCUUUUCCUCUUGGUUGGGAAACAUCUCAGGGCCGUCAUGGUCAUCAUCGAACGAUUACUAUGUCGAUUUGGGUGCUUGUGUGGAUCCGGUGUCCGUAAUGCCAUAUGUAUCCUCAUCAUUGCUACAUAAAUCGCCGAAAGUAAAUUUAAACGCGAAUAGUUUACAGAAUUCCGUAUGUUCUCCACCACCCGCGUCACCGAACGUAAACGAAACCAAAUCACAUUUAACAUUUUCACCUGCCCAAUUAAAAGUUAGCGCCGGUGCGAUGCGCAACGAGCAGCUUUAUUCACACAUACCAAAGCAGAUAGUGGCGAUUUCAUCAACAGUGACAGCCGCCACUACAGCGCCGGCCACACUGGCGACGAAUUCAGCGCUCCAGCGCAAGAAUUCAAGUGCGGUGGAUACGAUCAAAAAGGAUUUAGGCGUCGAAUUGCGCAAGCUGACCACCACAACGACUGAUGAGAACAGAAUGAGUGCCACAAGUAACAGUAGUGGAGGAAACGUGAACACUAAGCAGACUGCUAAUGGCACCACAAAAAGCACUAGUAGUGGAAGCAGUAACAUUAGUAGUAGUUUGCUAAACUCAAAUGGCAUGCUGAAUAGCACGACGACGAAUACCAUUAAGCUGGCACCCGGUAUUGGUGGUCUAACUUUUGCCAAUAGCAUCGCUUACAAUAAAUUGAAGCAGCAAUCUAGUGCGAAAACUAUGCAAAAUGGACAAUCGGGCGCAGCGAACAACACGAUUAUGCUCAAGCGAGAACGUGACUCCAGUCCGUUGCAAAAUAUAAGUGUUGUGAAUGUCAACGGUAGCAUUGGCGGUGGCCAACAACAUGUCACAAAGUUGGUGGGCCGAAAUGUACAAAACUCUAGUUUUACACCAAAAAGCAUUGCAUCUGUACACUCGCCGCUCAUGCAGAAUACGAGCAAUUCGAUCGGUUCACCGUCGUCGUCUUCAUCCUCAUCGCACUCGUCACCGUCGACUGGUUCCAGUGGUGGCAGUUUUACCGCAGGUCUCAUACCAAUCACAGCCAACAGUAGUUCAGCCAAUACGUCAUCAUCCUCUGCCAGCACUACAACUAUAACAACAAUAUCCGUAAAGCCGCUACAACAGCGCAUUAAGGUGGCGCCAGUAGAGUCUGAGUUUCCCAAGCCUGCAUAUUCAUACUCUUGUCUCAUAGCCAUGGCGUUAAAAAAUUCUCGUAGUGGUUCCUUGCCCGUAUCAGAGAUAUAUAGCUUUAUGUGUGAGCAUUUUCCAUAUUUCCGCACAGCGCCGAGCGGCUGGAAGAAUAGUGUGCGUCAUAACCUCUCAUUGAAUAAAUGCUUCGAGAAGAUUGAAAAACCCGCGACAAAUGGCAAUCAACGCAAAGGCUGCCUAUGGGCAAUGAAUCCGGAUCGCAUUGUGAAGAUGGACGAAGAAGUGCAAAAAUGGUCGCGUAAGGAUCCCAUGGGCAUACGUAACGCAAUGGUGCAUCCGGAUCAUCUAGAUGCAUUAGAGAGGGGUGAAAUGAAACAUGGCAGCUCAGGUGAUUCAGAUAUCGAAUUAGAUAGUCAAUCGGAAAUUGAGGAGACUUCCGAUUUGGAAGAGCAAGAACUCGACGACACCAUUGUGGAUAACAUGUUUGUCGAGGAGGACAUUGAGGAGGACGAAAUGAUGAGUAGCGGUAUAGUGAUAAAUAACUCGGAUGAACUCAGUGAGCCGGGUGAUGUGAGCAUCUGUGGUGCUGGCGAUGAUGUCGUCGUUGGCAUGCAACAAAAUCGAGAUUUUGAUAUAGAGGUGAGUUUGGAGACACACAAAAUAAAAAGAGUGGAGAAGAUGGUGCAAAGAGUGCUUGAGCGUGAGCAGAAGGUCGAAGAUAUUUACGAUGCAAUUGAUAUUGAAGACGAUAAAGAAACGAUGCAUCGGCACUUAACCGUGAAUACUUCCGACAUAAUUGAACUGAGUCCUGCCGAUUUGAACGCUGCUGCGCAAUCGCCGAAGCGUGCCCGCCUCAAUAUAAACUACUCCAUCGGCCCAGCCGGUGAGCUGGAGAAACAAAUUCAACAACACAAACUGCAGCAACAGCAACAACUGGUACUGCAAAAACAGCAGCAAAAACCAAAUCAGAUACAACAACAACACAGUAUCAAACAGUAUAAAGUGCAGCCACAGCAUAUUGUUGUGCAAACGAUAAGGAAUGGUAGCAAAACAACAUCCAUACAGGCGAUCAAUACAGCGACAGGCACCACAAUUGGCAGCGUCAGUGGCGCACUCUCCACCCUGUCACAGAUCAAUGGCGCCAUAUCAAACAAUCGUCGCAAAAUACAAUUAGUCAACCGAAUUGUUUAGAAAACAUGAAUUUAAACAAAUGACUCGACACAAAGAGCCACUCAGGCAUUUGUUCCUAAAGAACAGGUCUCUGGAUACUGAGAACCAAGAAAUAUUCAUCUUAAAUAAUAUAAUAUGAAUAUAUUUAGUAUAACAAUAUGUAACACAAUGUAUACGCCGAUGAACGUAAGCGCUUAGUACUUGUGAUGUUUCGAACAAAAAUGAACAAAUUAUAAUAUCUCCCGGAAAGAACUUGGAAAGCCGUUAGGUUUUGGUUCAACAUUAGUUCAAUUCGUUUUUAAAGCGAAUUUGUUAUAUUUCAAAUAUGUUAUCGCACGAGCGGCGAUGAAAGUAAUUUCCUUCAACUAAGUUUUUAAAAUCGUAUGUGUCAAACACAGUUUUUAUUUUGAUUAACUACAUUUCUUGCUUUGGAAACGAAUUCACUAAUAAUAUUAACAAUACGAAAAUUUGCUUGCAAAUACGCUUAAAAUUUACGUUGUGUUGACUCCGCAUUGUGUUUAUGUGUUCAUAAUGAAUUAAAGGUUAAGUUGAAAACGCAUGGUAUCGAACAUAUUGCUCUAACGGCAUUUAUUGAAAGUUAUUUUAGCAGUGAAAUAAUUGCAUUUUCAAGGCUAUGCAUGCUCGCUUUACAGCUCACGCUCGGUGAAUAUUAAAAAUACAAAAUAUUCAUUAAAUUCGCGUGAGCUUGAAAUCGAUAUAUGUGACCUGGUCUACGAAAAGGGAGCUAACGUGCUAAAACUAGUUUUCUGGGAAACAGCUGUUAAAAAUAAACAACUCGUUUCGUCAGUUUCUCGUUAAUCAAAAGUGAAAAUUGAUUUUUUGACACCUAAGCCCCCUUUCCGUAGACCAGGUCACAUAUGUAAUUUUAAGUACGAUUUAAAUAUUUCAAUAUUCAUAUUGCAAUAUGACUUUUGUUUAAGGAGUGUCCAAUUUUUUAUAACUACUAUAAUAAUUUAAACUUAACAGAAAUUUUCUUUUCUUUUAUGUAUUUUUUUGUUCGCUUUAUAUAAAUUUAUAUAAUUUCUGACAACGAAAUUUAAUUUAGAUUUCAGUUCAAACACACAUUAGUUUUAUAACACAGUUUUUGGGCACAUAUCAAAUUUUAUGAACUUGACAACCUAAUAUGCUCCAUUUUGUAGAUUUUCAUUUAAUUUUCCCAACUUGAUCUCUUUGUUAAGUAAGCUUUGUUUUUUUUUUUUAAACGAUUUUCGACAAUUUUCGAAAGACGAACGAUUUCUAAUUUUGAAAUUUUAAUGGUAGGAACACAAUCAAAGCAAACGCCGCCAAGCUCUGGCAGUAAGGACUUAAAAUGUUCAUUUGCUUAAAGUGGAAUUCUCAUAUGAAAUGCGAAGAAACCACUUUUGGAAAUGAGUAUUUUAAUUUAUUUGAGACUUUAUCUUUAAAUAAUAAACAUAAGGUUUGUUUCUGAAGUGCUAAUAGCUCCUUAGCUGCCAGCCAACAGAAUAAUGCAAAGUUGUUCUCAUAAAGAGCGAAACAGCGAAAAAGAAAAGAAGUGGAAAACCAGCAGAAAAAAGCAAGGAAACAUUUGAAUUUAUUUUUAAUGAUCACAACAUACCAACACUUGAGAAUUUUUAAUAGAUUUUUUCUUUCACAAUACAAAACUAUUAAAAUAAACAAAAGCAAAAGCGUUAAAUUUCGCUUGUUUGUUUACAGGUCCGUUUCUUCAUAUGGGACAAGUUAUUGUUUGCUGCCAAAAGUUUAACUAGCAGCAUUAUCAGCUUCUUACGUCCUCACCUUGUGCACACUUCUGCUAUUUUUUCGGGUUGAGUAACGUUUUUCCAACAAAUUUGGCUAGCUAGUGCGUGACACUUAGCCAUUCAGAAACAAACAUGUAAAUAUUUGAAGUAAAUCGUUAUUGAAAAAAAUCUUUGGUGGAAAGGUGACGGUUUGGAGGUUGGAAUGAAUUCGGGCGUUUGUUUUGAUUGUAAUACAACAUAAAUGUAAAUAAGUUUUGACUGAGCGGAAAGUCUCUAUAAUAAUGAAAAUAAUAUUAUUUUUGUACCUGCUGCACUUGUACAUACAUACAUUUUAAAGAAGGGUUAGAAACAAAUGUUUCGAGUUUGUGGGACUUUCGUAUACUUAAUGGACGAUUAAUAUAAUAUAAUUUAGUUGUUAAGCGGCUCAAGAGCCCAAUUUUUGACCAAACAAAAACAAUGUGAAAUUGUGAAAUGCAAUUACCAUAAGUUUUUUGGGCGUAUGCACUUUUGGACAAUAGAGAUAUGUUUUAUUUCAUUGGAGAUAACUUAUUGAUCGGCUCUGGUAUAUAGUCUGUGUACAGUUGCAUUUCAAGUCAUUCCUCACAUCAUUACCUUUUAUAGAUUCUAAAUAAAAUGUAGCUUAUUAAGUCAUAAAUACAUACAUAUGUAAAGCCAAUCUUGCCAGGUCAGUAUUUAAGUACAUAUAUUCAACUGAAAAUAUAAAAAAAACAAAUCUGCAAACAUUUUUUUAAUGUGCGGAACUACGUUCAUACAAUAGUAUAUACAUAUAUCCAUAAACAUAUAAUUAAUAGUAAUGUAGAUAUGACGCGGUGGGUGUUUUACUUACCUCAUUCAAACAGUCAAUUGAACAAAAAAUUCAUUAGAAUAUAUACAAAAAUAAAUAGUAACAUAACCUCAACUUACUAAAAUAUUUUGUAAAUAUUAGCGUUAAGGUUACAACUAAAGUAAAUACAUACUGUAACUGUAUAACUUUAUUUUUAGAUAUAUCAACGACAACUACACCAAAACUCGAUAAUUCGAAUUCGUUUACCCUUUGCAUUUUUAAUCGCAUUUAAUGAAAAACGUUUUUUUUCUCGAAGCAGUGAUUCGGUUUGCCGAAUGCCCAAAAUGGCAAAAGUACAAGAACAAGAAGUUUAUUAUUAUAUAUUUUUUUAAAUUAAAUUGCCGUCGUCAAACUUAAAUGAAAUAGUACAAAUUUAAUUUACAUAUAUUAAAAAUGGGAGCAAAAGAAACCUAACAUUCAGUGACGGAAUACGUAGUUCUGGUUAAAUCUUUAUUAUAAUUUUUUACGUUUCCACACGUAAUCACAUUUAAAGUCAUUUACUAUAGCACACAUGUAUAUAUAUCUACAUCAACAUGUAUGUAUGUAUGUAAUGAAAUCGGAGUAUUUGGAUAUGUUCAGACUAUUGUAUGCAAAUGCAUUUUUAAGCGUGUGUUGAAAAAUAUUUAUGCACAUAGACAUAUAUCUAUAUGGUAUAUGUACAUAUAUACCAUAUAUGUAUGAUAUGAAAUGUCAUGAGUGAUGUUGAAAGUCAGCGUGCGUUU